AUGCCACAGAAAAUAUUCAGCGACAACGCAACCAACUUUGUCAGCGCCGACCGCAAGCUGCGCGAGCUGAAGGAGGCUUUUCUAGCGCAAGCCCCAGAACUAAUGGGAUUCGCCGUCGAAGAAGGAUUCAGCUUCGGCCUUAUAUCACCCAGGGCGCCGCACUUUAGCAGAUUAUGGGAGGCGACGGCGAAGUCCACCAAGCAUCUGGUCGUUCGCGCACUCGGCAACGCUCUACUCACGACGGAGGAGAUGUCAACACUACUGGCCGAAGUGGAGGCCAUCCUCAAUUCUCGACCCCUAACACCGUUGAGCUAG